AUGACAAAGUCGACUAAAUCAUCUACCAAGGCCUCUGAUGAGAAAAAGGCUAAGCACAAAGCUCUCAGUCCUCAAGCUGUGGUGUCCAAGUUCUGGGACAAGUUCAACUCCAAGGCUCCGGGCAAAGUCACUUCCAUUUUCCCUCGGAGUCUGCACAAGUCCCUUCUCGCAGAUGCCGACUCGUCAAUUCCCAAGUCUCGAAACGCUGCACAAAGCUACGAAGCCGCUGCUCAGAAAUGCAAGGAUCGAGUUCGCGCUAUCAUCAAGGAGUGUGAGCGCACCAACUCCAAGUUUAGCGAUCCCGAGUUUGAUAUCGAGUUGGAUUCCAGAAGGCGCACCUACGACUGCCUCUUUGGCCUCCUCCAUAACCUCGUCCUAGAAGGUGAUGGCGGUCUCAAAAAUAGAUUUCUUGAUGACGUGGUCAACGCUGAGAAACUUGAGAAGUCUCUUGAAUUCUUCAAGAACAGUGGGAUCUUGUCAAGCAACAACCUUGAGGUCGAUAUCUGGAGCCUUUGGAGAUGCCUAUCCAAAAACAAUGCCUCCCCUGAUCCCGAAUACAUACCUGGCUCAGUUCACCGUAUCCCAUGGAUUUUCGAGAAUCCCCAGUUCACCAUCGGUGGCUAUUCGGGUUCAGACAUCAAGCAAGGCCAUCUGGGCGACUGCUGGUGGGUGGCUGCCUUGGCCACGAUCGCACACCGACAAGACCUGAUGAAGAAGAUUUGUGUUGAACAAAAUGAGGAAUGUGGUGUCUACGGGUUCGUCUUCUUCCGGGAUGGGGAGUGGAUUCCGACAGUUGUAGACGACAAUCUGUACCUCAAGGAAAAGGAUUAUUGGCACACAGACGAGACUUAUGAUGCAACCGGCAAGCAUGAGCGUCGUCACAAAAGGGAGAAACAGACGGGCUCCGACUCUCUGGCCUUUGCCAAGUGUGAGGACGCCAAUGAGACUUGGUUCCCCUUGCUUGAGAAAGCAUUUGCCAAGGUUCAUGGCGACUACGAGGCCUUGGAGGGUGGGUGGGCAUGCCUCGCUGUCGAAGACCUUACUGGUGGUGUCGCCACUAUGAUGCAGGCAAACAGCGUGCUUCGCAAGGACCGGCUCUGGCGUGAGAUGUUGGUGUCCGAUACCGAGGACUCAGAGUUCGUCUUCAGCCUAUCCGCGUGUCGUCUAGGGACAGAUUGCAACAAUGGCAUCGUCCAGUGCCAUGCCUAUUCUGUUCUCAAAGCGACUGAGGUUGAGGACGAAAGGGGUGACAAGGUGCGCCUGGUCAAGAUUCGGAACCCCUGGGGAAGCAGAAACUACAGAGGCCAAGGGGCUUGGCAUGGGCCUUGGUCAGAUGGGUCCAAAGAGUGGACUUCACACAUGAUCCAGAAGUUGCGAUAUCGGUUUGGUGACGAUGGUUCCUGGUGGAUGUCCUACAACGACAUGCUUGACAACUUUGUCUGGAUCCAUCGGACCCGAGUCUUUGAUAAGCGAUGGACUGUAGCUCAACAGUGGACAAGCGUCAACGUCCCAUGGCUUUCUGGCUACCUCAAGAAGAAGUUCAUCGUAGAGGUCAAAGAAGAAGGCAUUGUGGUCAUCGCCCUAUCACAGCUUGACAAGAGAUAUUUCAACGGACUCGAAGGACAGUAUAAGUUCGUUCUUCAGUUUCUUCUGAAGUCUGUCAAUGAUGCCACGCCGAUCUGUCAGACACGAACAAUCCCUGAAGCUAGUACACGGUCAACCAACUGCGAGGUCGAACUCGAGCCAGGAACCUACGAAGUCAUUCCCAAGAUUGUUGCCCAGCACGCAGAGUUUAGACCCACAGUUCAGAAGGUUGUCAAGAUAGCUGCAGACAAGAAACCUCGGAAGCUUCAACAAGUUGGACUGUUACAUGACCUUGCACAUGCCAAGGGAGGAAUCGUGGACGAGGAUGAGGCUAUUCGCAAAAAGCGGGAGAACGACAAGAAGGAAAAGCUGGAGAGUAGCCGGAAGCGGGAGAUAGCCCAGAAGGAGGAGAAGGAAAAGGACGACGCAAGGAGGAAAAUCGAGGAGGCAUUGGUGCUGAAGAAGACUGAGUACUACAGUUGCAUGAGCGAGAAGACCAAGGGAGUUGAAAGCAACGACGAUGCGAUCCUGGAGAAGGUAAGUGGUGAGUCAGGAAAGGUAAGUUUGUCAACGUCGGAAAUUCCGACACCUGGGUUCUGGCCUGAUGACAUGUUCAAGGACCCUGUGGAAGAUCAGGCCAAGUCUGAGGUUGCGACUGGAUCAGAGAAAGAAACAUGGGAGAAUGUCGAGGAGAAGAAGGAAGGAGAGUCACGAAGGCCCUCGCAGGACUCAAACUCGCCCCCGAUGGAAAGAAGCGCAAGGAACCAGAGUACGGAGUCGAAGCUCGUUUCAACGCCGGCCACCGAAGCUCAUUCCGAGGAAGCCAACAGUUCAGACAGUUCAGACACAGAGUCGGAAUGCGAGUCGGGAUCUGACGACGAGGAUUCAGAGCCGGGCAGCAACGACAGCUCAGUUCGAAAGCAGCGCAAGAAGGAGCCAUGGAAUCCCGUGUGUGUUAUCGGUCUACGGGUCUAUGCUCAACACGCCGGUAUCAGUGUCCGGCUUGCCGAGCAAAAGGCCGACGACGCUGCAGAGCUUCUUCCAGUAAAGGAGGAUGACUCGACCAAGCCGGCAUCCUAA